AUGGCAACAAAAGCAGCAUCAUCAUCGAAAAUAAAUUCAGAAGAUCCAAAAACUGAUGGAAAAUCACCUACUAAUGAUACACCAAUUACUGAAGAAGAUUUAAAGCAAAAAGAAACACCUAUUAAUGUAAGCGAUGUACUUCGUUUAAAAAAAUCUACGAAAGAUUAUUUAAUAGAAACAGAUGAUAAUGUAUAUAAAAUUGAUUUUAUUCAUUUUCGAAUUCGUGAUAUGAAAACAAAUAAGGUUCUAUUUGAAGUUCAACGAGAACCUGAUGAUGAUGAGGCAAUGGAUGAAAUGGAUUCAUCAGCUGGUCGUUUUGUUCAAUAUCGGUUUCCACCAUCAUUUCUUAAACUUAAACAAGUUGGCGCUUUAGUUGGUUUUAAAGUUGGUGAUCGUGAAGUAAAAUCUUUUCGAAUGAUUGAACGUCAUUUUUUUCGUGAUCAACUUAUUAAAUCAUUUGAUUUUGAUUUUGGUUUUUGUCCACCAAAUUCAACAAAUUCAAUUGAACAUAUCUAUGAUAUGCCUACUAUGGAUUCUAAACAGAUCAAAGAAAUGAUUGAACAUCCAUAUGAAACAAAAUCUGAUAGUUUUUAUUUUGUUGACAAUCAAUUAAUUAUGCAUAAAAAAGCAACUUAUGCAUUCGAUCUGGAUUAA